AUGACAACUGCACCACCGGUGCAUCACUCUGGCCCCGAUAGUGGUAUACCCGGCCAUCUCGUCAACCAUCUUCCUCGCUAUCAUCCCAUUGCCAUGAAUCCGAAUCCUCCACACCAGAUGCCACCUCCGGAGCAGAUGGUGCAGAGCCACCAUUUCCGUCAUUUUGCACCGCCCAUGCAUGAACAUCAUCCCCCGCCAGUACCACCAGUACACAGUCCAGCCUCUUUGGAACAUAUUGAAGCUCGACUCCGGCAUCUAGAGCACGAGGAAAUGGCCCGGAAUGCAACCCGUAGUCGCAUUUUGGCAAUGCGCAAGCAUGAAGACGAGGAAUUUCGAGCAAUGACGGAGCGAGCCGAGGCAGAGGAGGAGGUAAGCCAAAUUUUGACAACCCAUUUGCGAAUUGGAAUUCUAAAACAAGCUUCCCAGGACCUCCGAAGGCAACGCAAGAAAUUAAAGAGAGAGUCUAUGGGCCUGGGGCUCAACGGCGCGGGUGACUCGCCGCCUCUACGGCCUACACCACCUCGCCGACUAUCAGAGACCAGUGCAGCAACAACAUUGGCUUUCUUCAAGCAGCAGAGCCCCCCCGAGCCCCGUCAAGCACCUCUUCCACCUUCAACUCAGGCGCCACCUCCCUCAAUGCCGCCACCUCAUAUGCACGCUCAACCUCAUCAUCAAGCUCCCCCACCUCCCCCACCAUCUCAGCAUCAACACCCAAUGCUUCCCCACGACUCAAUACACAGCGGCUCCAUCCGACGGAAGCAAAAAUACACCAUCAAAAAUGUGGAGGCAUGGGGCGAACGCCACGGCCGACCAGCAGCCCAUGACCCAUCCGGGCGAGCGCUGUGGAAACGGCCCUCAGACGGAAGCCUAGUAUAUCUCACCUGCCCUAUCCACGGCUGCGGGAAGUCCGACUUCGUUACCCUGCACGGCUUCAUGUGCCAUCUCACCAAGAAGCACAAAGACCGCACUCUGGGCAGCCAGUCCCGCGCCCUCGAAGUCUGCGGUGUAGUCUACGACCCGAACUCUCCCCUCCCGCCAGUCAUGAACAACCACCGUGCCUCAACAGAAGGAAGUCCCCCGGGCUCUAUUCCGCUGGAUCACGACGGCGAUCAGCAAUAUGAGGACAUGGACUCGGAGUCCGAGGGCGAGCUCGAGCGCGAGGGUUCCUACCGUGUCAAAACCGAAGUUUUAGAUCGGUUCAUGCCCGAUGCAGAGGGCACUCCCGUCGAUUCCGCUGCGGCAACACCACCCAAGCACACAGUCAACGGAUCAACUAAGCAGUCCAUCUUGUCUAUUAUCGACCGUGCCCCGGAAACAGAACCUAGAGAGGCGCUGGCGACGCUUCCACCGUCAGAAUCUGGUAUCCAGGGUCCGUCCCCUACACCAACUGAGUCGUCCGUGCCGUCGAAGCGCAAGUACGAAUUCUCGCCGUCUGCUGCGGAAAAAGAAAAUGCGGAGCCUUAG